UUUCGCUGGCACUCCACCCACCACCACCCACAAAUGAUAAAAUUUUGGUAACGUAAAGGCCGGGGGCUAGUGAUGAUAGGCGUUUUUAUGCGGAGUCAGUUGGAAAAUAAACAGUAUCAGACACAGGUUAACAAAUUUUAUCCUGUUGGCAUUUAUCAUCACUAACUGCACAGUGGGGAAAUAAGUUUGAAUUGUACACCAAGAAAAUUAUGUAAGUUUUUUCUAGUUAAGAAACUGUUUUGCUUCAAACGUUUAUGGUGCAGUUUCUAAGCGUAACAAAGGAAACAGUUUUUGAAAAUUAAACGCAAACUAUUGAAAACAAACAAGAAAAAGUGAUGCGAUUCACUACAGCAGCGAUAGCCUUGAUAGCCUUCAUAGUGAUAUUCUCGAUAUUCGUGGCGAAUGUUGCAAAUUUGGUUGGAAUUGAUAGCAAGCUGAGUAAGCGGUUAGAUGCCGCAUACAGCGAGGGUAAGCAUCGCUGGCAGAUGGAUCAUCACCAGUGGACAGGAAAACAACUCAAGCUUGACGAUAGUCCGAAACAUUUGAUGUGGUUUCUUCAGAUUUCUGAUAUCCAUAUAAGUCUCUAUCAGGAUCCCACCCGCGUACCGCAUUUAGUCGAGUUCUGCAAUCAAACAGUUGACAUAAUCCGACCUACGAUUGUGCUUGCUUCGGGUGAUUUGACGGAUGCAAAAACAUCGGACUUUCUCGGAUCCCAACAGCAUGAAGAUGAGUGGCGUUGGUAUAGGGAUGUUCUACGUGAUACGAAUGUUCUGAAUAAAACCACCUGGUUAGAUAUUCGGGGCAACCAUGAUAACUUUAACGUCCCGGCUCUGCAAACAAAGCAUGAUUUGUUCACUAACUAUUCCGUGCAGGGUAAAAAUCAUCCGCGUUCCUACAUGCAUCAAGUGACGGUAGGAGGCGAUCGUUAUAGUUUUAUUGCUGUGGACGCCUGUCUAGAACCAGGCCCGAAAAGGCCAUUCAAUUUUGUUGGCAUGCUUUCAAUGAACGAAACAGAGCACAUUAUCAGUUUGGCUGAAAAAUCAAGAGAAAUGGAUACCAACUAUACGAUUUGGUUCGGCCAUUAUCCUACCUCGUGCAUUUUGACACCCGGCUUAGGAACCAGUGGGGUUCGAAAUCUGAUCGGAAAAUAUCAGGAAGGAUACGCCUAUCUUUGUGGUCAUUUCCACAAAUUGGGGGGAGCAGUUCCCCAGAUGUACACGAUGCAGCAGGAAGGAUUUCUCGAGUUGGAGCUCGGUGACUGGAUGAAAAAUAGAAUGUAUCGGUUGGCAGCUUUCGAUCACGGUUUGUUCUCUUUUGUUGAUUUGCAACACAACCAAUGGCCGGUAAUAUUAAUAACGAACCCAAAAAAUGCCCUUUUCAAUAUACCGGGCAAAGAGGGUUCACUAGUCCAGCUGGAAUCUAGUCACAUUCGGUUGCUAGCAUUUUCACCAGCGAAGAUUUCCGAGUGUCAAGUUAAGGUGGAUCAGCAAGAAUGGAUUGACUGUACCCGAGUUAGUAAGGAAUUGUUUGUGGUGCCAUGGAUGCCCUCGCGGUACGACCAAGGAAUGCACCAACUUUCGGUGUUCGUGCGAGACGUUGAUGGUCGAUAUCGAGUGCUGGAACAGGAGUUCACUUUGGAUGGUUCUAGGAAAAAAUUCAGCCUUCUGGCACGGUUUGUGCUGAUGUACGACACGAACAAAAUAUUUCAGGCAUUUUUCAGUGUGGCACUGAUUUGCUGUUUGCUACCGCUGUGUGUUUUCCGUAUUUGGCAUAUGCUUGUGAGGUAUGGUGCUGUGCCACGCCCACGGAUUCGAAGCUAUUGUUGCCGUGGCUGGAUCCGUAAGAUGUGGAUAUUGUCAACGGUCGAUCGUCUGGUGUUUCCAAUCGUAGGCUACUGUCUGUAUCUGACUUGCGGUCCCUGGUCUUUCGGCGAGAUUAUUGACGGCCACAUGGGCAUUGUAUUUGUAUGGGGCAUAUUCGUGAACGGAGCCUUUCUACCGGGAACUCUUACCUACUUGUACGGAUUUUUCCAGUUGGCGUUCUGUCAACUCCCACUGAUCGUUAUUUUUGCUAGUAAUUCACAAAAAAGAUUUUACCGAGGACCGUCAAGUGGGGAGAAAAAACUGAACUUCCUGGCAGCCAGCUGGCAGAAUCUUCCCUUCAUACUCAUCAUGACGGUUGAACUACUGUUGGCGCUGAUUUUCUGGAACGCGUACGGAACUUUAGCGUUCAUGAUUACACCGCUACGAACGUGGUCAAUUUUGCUGAACUUGCUGCUGUGGUAUCAAUCGAAAAACCUUCCAAUGAAGUGUCUUCGAUCGGCCGCUGCCGUCUGGUCCCCACCACCGGAACCGAAGUCAAAUCUCGCCCAGUAAGCUUCUGGUUUUGAAAUGUGACGACUAAACUUUAACCAAAAACAUAUCAGGAAUUGAGUGUUUUUUGCCUUUUUCUGAAUUCACGAAAAACUGUCAUAGAAAAAUUUAUAUUUAUUAUUGUUAUCAAUAAUUUCUACUACAGAUUAUGAUUAUCGACUGAGCAAAGCUAGACAAAUCUUGACUAUACAAAUUUAGUGCUGUUAGUUAGUUUAUCGACCAAUUUUAUUUAAAAUAACUGUUAUCGGUGAUUUGUUCUCAACAAAAUUUUACACCUGGACAAAGUAAGUUUUGUUAAUCCAUCUAACUAGUUAACAUGCGGGUGCUGCUGGCCCACACACAAAUGAGUACUGUUUCGUUGUUUGUUGUUGUUAACAUGCGUUUUCGUAUAAUAUCGGUCGCUACCACCGAAUUGAUAAUAUAUAUAUAUAUACCUGUACAAUGUAGUGCUAUACACACAGUGCACCCGCUAGGUUCCAUCCAAAGUGGUUGAGAUUCAGAACUGUAUAUGAGAUUUGCUACUACUCUAGCAAUAAUCGCAAUCAGAAGGUUAAUUCAUUAGAGAAAAUACAUACACUCUAGUAGAUUUCGUAUGCUGAAAACGGCUAGCAUUUUCGCUUAACUCUAGAAACAUAGUUGUUUAAAUACAUGUUAUUGUGUAAUAUGAGUGAUUAUGAAAGAAAACGAAGUAUUUGUCUAACAAUAGCCUUGUGAUAAUAAAAGUAAUAUCGGCUGAAUAAAUAGUCUAUUCUGUGA